CACUUGCAAUGAGAGCAGCCACACAGCCUGGUCUACUGGACACGUUCAAAACUAGCAACAUCCUGCUCGACCAGAUACAGAAAUGUCUAGAAGACUAUCUGGAAUCAAAGAGAACAGUGUUUCCCAGAUUCUACUUCCUCUCUAACGAUGAGUUGCUGGAGAUCCUCUCUCAGACGCGCAACCCUCUCGCCGUGCAGCCGCACCUGCGCAAGUGCUUCGACGCCAUCUCCAGCCUAGACUUCGCUCAGCAGGACGACGGCAAAUACACGAACGACAUCCUCGCAAUGCUGUCGCCAGAGGGCGAGCGCGUAGCGUUCGGCAAGGGUCUGAAGGCGCGAGGCAACGUGGAAGAGUGGCUGUGUAAGGUGGAGGAGAUGAUGGUCUCCUCGCUGCUGAAGCUUACCAAGACUGCGAUGGCAGACUUCAUGCAGAGAGAGCGCGAGGAGUGGGUGACACUUCACACGGGACAGAUUGUGCUGACCGUCUCUCAGAUCAUGUGGUGUCGCGACGUGGCGGAGGUGCUGGAGGCGCCCUCUAACAGACACCUGCUACUGGAGGAGUUUGAGCAGAAGUGCUUCGCGUCGCUGAACAGGUUGGCUGCGCUGGUGCGUGGGGAGCUGCCGAAGCUUGUACGAACCAUCCUCUGCGCUCUCAUCACCAUCGAUGUGCACGGCCGGGACAUCAUUACCUGCAUGGUGCAGGAGAAGGUUGAUUCCAGUCAGCACUUUGAGUGGCAGAAGCAGCUGCGCUACUACUGGGACACGGACAUUGACAACUGCAUCGUACGAAUGUCCAACUCUUCGUACGUCUACGGCUACGAGUAUCUAGGAGCAUCAUCGAGGCUGGUUAUCACACCGCUCACCGAUCGAUGCUACCUGUGUCUCAUGGGAGCGCUGCAGCUGGAUCUGGGAGGAGCGCCUGCAGGGCCGGCAGGAACGGGAAAGACGGAAACCACCAAGGACUUAGCUAAAGCACUCGCGAAGCAGUGUGUCGUGUUUAACUGCUCCGAAGGUCUGGAUUACAAGGUUCCUAGGUUUGUGUUUGAGGGUAGGGAGAUUAGACUGGUUCCGUCUUGUGCGGCUUUCAUCACCAUGAACCCUGGCUAUGCUGGCCGCACAGAGCUGCCAGACAACCUGAAGGCUCUGUUUCGACCAAUCGCCAUGAUGGUGCCAGACUAUGGUAUGCGAGCCGUGAAGUCGGUGCUGGUGAUGGCGGGCUCACUGAAGCGAGAAAACCCGGACAAGAGCGAAGAGGUGGUGCUCAUCAGAGCACUGAGGGACAGCAACCUGCCAAAGUUCCUUGCCAAUGACGCCGUGCUCUUCCAGGCCAUCUUACAGGAUCUGUUCCCAGGGGUGGUGUUGCCCGAGCAUGACUACGGUACUCUGCAGCAGUACAUAGUAGAUGCACUGAUUGGUAAAGGUCUUCAGCCUCUACCGACCAUGAUCAAGAAGGUGAUUCAGCUGUUUGAGACAAUGUUGGUGCGUCACGGUGUCAUGCUGGUUGGCCCAACAGGAGGUGGAAAGACCACUUGCUAUGAGGUUCUAGCGGACACCCUGACAAACCUGCACAAGGCGGGCAUCACCGGCACCGACUAUCUGCCCGUGACUACCUUCGUGCUAAACCCCAAGUCGGUGAGCAUGGGAGAGCUGUACGGGGAAGUGAACAAGCUGACGCUGGAGUGGAAGGAUGGGCUCCUCGCUCAGAUCGUGAGAAUCGCCUGCCAGGAUGUGACGGACGACCACAAGUGGGUGAUCUGCGACGGGCCGGUGGACGCGCUGUGGAUUGAGAACAUGAACACUGUGCUCGACGACAACAAGAUGCUCUGUCUCGCCAACAGCGAGCGCAUCAAGCUCUCGUCGUCCAUACACAUGCUGUUCGAGGUGCAGGAUCUCGCCGUGGCGUCCCCUGCUACCGUCAGCAGAUGUGGCAUGGUGUACGUGGAUGCGGAUGAACUGAAGUGGAAACCCUACGUGCAGACAUGGGCUAGCACGCUGGAUCGAAGACUGAACAAGGAGACCCGAGACUACAUCCUCGACCUGUUCGAUAGAUACGUUGAGGCGGCGUUGCACUUCAUCAAGAAGAGGUGCAUACAGGCGAUGCCUCAGGUUGACAUUAGCAAGGUGACGACCCUGUGUGCGCUCCUGGAGUCGCUUCUCACCACACAGGGCGGACCUAACCUGGAGAUGGACUCACACAAGCUUCACACGCUCGUCUGCAUGAGCUUCGUCUUCUGCCACCUGUGGGCGAUCGGUGGCAACAUCAUCGAGGCUUCGCGCGAGGAGUUUGAAGCCUUUGUGCGCAGCCAGUUCGAGGAUAACCCCGACGCUAAGAUGCCCUCGGGCUGCGACUUGUGGAGCUACUACGUCGACUACGAGACGCAGCGCAUGGAGCUGUGGGAGCGCAUCGUGCCACACUUCCGCUACGACCCGGACGUUCCGUUCUUCAACAUGCUGGUGCCGACGAUGGACACUGUGCGCUACGGUUACCUCAUGGAGAAGCUGCUAGCCGUCAACAGAUCCGUGCUGUUCACCGGCACCACCGGCGUCGGCAAGUCAGUGAUAGCAAGAGAAAUGCUGGACAGAUUAGCUGAGCGGUCGGAGUACAUCCCUCUCUACAUCAAUUUCUCAGCGCAAACCAACUCCAUCAGGACGCAAGAGAUGAUCGAGUCGAAGCUGGAGAAACGCAGGAAGACAGCUCUCGCUUGGUAUAUCACCACUGCAAGUACUGCAGAACUGAUGCUCUAUGAGGCCAUCACGCUCAUUGGCUACGCGGGUAGUUGGCCAUCCCCCCCCCCAGCACUCACCCUGGAUGCACUUGGAGAGAUCGCGCAGGUUGAAGACGUAAAUCUGGAUGACUUCAACAUGCAAUCGUCCAAGGAGAUGAAGUUGGUGUUCUUCCUCGAUGCAAUAGAACACGUGUCUCGAAUUGCUCGCAUGAUACGACAGGAGAGAGGCAAUGCUCUGCUGGUGGGAGUCGGCGGCACAGGAAAACAAUCACUUACCAGACUGGCCAGUCACAUAUGUGGCUACAAUUGCUUCCAGAUCGAGCUCUGCAGAGGCUACGACUACUCAGCGUUCCACGAGGAUCUGAAGAAACUUUACUUUGCCACGGGUGUUAAGAAUGAGAACACAGUGUUCCUUUUCACUGAUACACAGAUCGUAGUGGAGGAAUUCCUCGAGGACAUCAACAACAUCCUGAACUCGGGCGAGGUUCCCAACCUGUUCGAGGCGGACGAGUACGAGCGAAUCAUCAACGGCUGCCGGCAGGACGCGCGCGCCACCGGCGUCGCCGACAACGACCGCGACGCCAUCUACGCGUUACUCAUCGGCCGCCGUGCGCCUGCAAACCUGCACAUUCUGUGCUCUGCACAUGAUCGCGUCGAAGCCAGCUUCAGACGAGGGAGGAGGACGUGGCCAAGCUGCUGGACGGAAACUCGCUCGAUCGACAGGGAAGAAAGCUGUCAGGUAAGGAGUGUCGUGAUGGAAGAUGAAGCCAUGGCCAAGGUCAAAGCCGAGGAGACUUCAGCCAUCGCUGCAGAUGCGCAAAGAGACCUGGACGAGCAUUACAGCACUCCAACGCCUUGCUGUAAGGCUCUUGAUGCACUAGACAAGAAUGAUAUCUCUGAGAUCAAGGUGUUUAGCAAGCCUCCAGAGAUGGUGCUCACCGUGAUGGAAGCUGUCUGCAUUCUGCUGGGUUCAAAGCCGGACUGGGACACGUCAAAGAAGCUGUUGGGAGACGCAGCCUUUCUCAGGCGACUCUCCGAAUAUGACAAGGACAGCAUCGCCGAUUCCACUCUCAAGAAGCUGAAGAAAUACGUCGAGAAUCCAAAGUUUUGGCCGGAAAUUGUAGAGAAAACAUCAAAGGCAUGCAAAUCUUUGUGCAUGUGGGUAAGAGCCAUGGACCUCUAUGCUAAGGUAGCAAAGACUGUUGGACCAAAGCGACAAAAGUGCACAGAGUGUCCGAUACUCCGCAUCCUGCUGCGGCAGACGACGAUCAGCGUCUACACGAACGUCGCCAGAGGGUUGUUUGAGAAGGACAAGCUCGUCUUCUCCUUCAUGCUGUGUGCUGCCAUCAUGCAGCAGCGAGGUGACAUCAGCGACGCCGAGUGGAACUUCUUCCUGCGCGGAUCGUCGGCGCCGCUGGACAAGCAGCGGAAUGAGAAACCAGACGUACCAUGGCUAACCCAGCUGGUGCAGCGAUGGAUAGCACGAUGCAAAGAUCUGGAGAUCCCCGUCUCGAACGACCUGAGCCUCAUACAGAUCCUCGGAGACCCGUUCGUCAUCAGACAGUGGAACUCGUUCGGUCUUCCCCGCGACACCGUCUCGACGGAGAACGCCAUUCUCGUCACCAGUGGGCGCCGCUGGCCGCUCAUGAUCGAUCCUCAGGAGCAGGCGAACCGCUGGGUGAGGCAGAUGGAGAGCAAGAACGGGUUGAAGGUGAUCAAGCUGACGGACGGCAGCUUCCUUCGCACGCUGGAGAACUGCAUCCGCAUCGGCAUGCCCGUGCUGCUGGAGGAGGUCGGGGAGAUGCUGGACCCCGCGCUAGAACCCAUCCUGCUCAAGCAGACGUUCAUGCAGGGCGGCCGGCUGCUGAUACGCCUUGGGGACAGCGACGUCGAUUAUGAUAAGAAUUUCCGUUUCUACAUGACGACAAAGCUGUCGAACCCGCACUACAUGCCAGAGGUCUGCAUCAAAGUCACCAUCAUCAACUUCACCGUCACCGUUUCUGGCCUAGAAGAUCAGCUCCUCAGGCUGUUCAACGCGUGCAUCGAGGCGAGCGAGCGCAGCAGCGACCUGGACGCGCGACUACGCAUCCUGCUGCGGCAGACGACGAUCAGCGUCUACACGAACGUCGCCAGGUACGCGGGGUCAGGGGUCAGGGCGUCAGGGGUCGCGCAGGGGGUCGGGCGAGCGAGCGCAGCAGCCGACUCCUGGACGCGCGACUACGCAUCUCUCGCUGCGGCAGACAGUACGAUCAAGCGUCUACACAGGUCCGGCACUGAUACUGUCGGCCAGGCUACGCCGGGGUUCACUGGUCCAGGGGGUCAAAAAAGGUUUCCGCUUGCUGGUUGGGUCGGGCUAUUGCGAACGCGCAGCAGCGACGCUGGACGCAGCGAUCUACGCAUCCCUGUCUGCGGCAGACAUAUGAUUCAGCGUCCUAAUGUACACGAUACGUGCCAUGCGACGUGGAACAUGUGCUGUGACUUGGAAGACGACCUGCCUGAAUUCUUGGGGCUCACUAAUGACAUAGUCAGGUGUCAGUGCUUCGUCACUUCGGGGGAGAUACAGGUGUCAAUAAAUCCUAACAGUUGGGAUGGAUACGAGCAGAUUCCAGACACGUUGGAUCCGGCAAAUCCUGUAGGGCAUUGGCAGGAUAGGCUUACCGACUUCCAGCGAUUAAUCUUCAUUCGAGCAUUUAGAGAGGAAAAAGUCAUGCUGGCUGUCACGAACUUCGUGCGGAACAACCUCGGCCAGCCGUUCGUAGAAUCCCCGCCCGUCGACCUGAACAUACUCUACGAGGACAUAGCGCCAAGCAUCCCUCUGGUGUUCGUCCUCAGCACGGGUUCCGACCCCAUGGGUGCCUUCCUGCGGUUCGCGAAGGAGAAGGGCUGCACGGAGAAGGUGCUCGCGAUCUCGCUCGGACAGGGUCAGGGCCCCGUCGCAGAGAAACUCAUCGAGAGAGCAGUGAAGUCGGGCGAGUGGGUGUUCCUGCAGAACUGCCACCUCGCCGCCUCGUGGAUGCUCGCGAUGGAAACCAUCGUGAAGCGGUUCUCGGAAUCCGGCGCCGCCGCCGCCGCCGCCGCGCCGCACGAAGACUUCCGGCUCUUCCUCAGCUCGAUGCCGUCGCGCGCCUUCCCCGUCAGCGUACUGCAGAACAGCGUCAAGGUGACGAACGAACCGCCGAAGGGCCUGCGAGCGAACAUCCGCCGCGCGUUCGCCGACCUUGACCAGCGAGUGUUCGAGGGACACGAUCUGAAAAAUGAUUGGAGGAAACUUGUAUUUGGAGUCUGCUUUUUUCACGCUAUCAUUCAGGAGAGAAAGAAAUUUGGUCCGUUGGGUUGGAACAUAAAGUACGAGUUCAGUGACAGUGAUCGUGAGUGUGCGCUGGACAAUCUAAAAAUAUUCUGUGAAGAAGCGACUAUUCCGUGGAAUGCUCUCAUCUACAUUACUGGUGAGAUCACAUACGGCGGUCGCGUGACGGACUUCUGGGACCAGCGCUGCCUGAGAACCGUGCUGAGGCGAUUCUUUGCUCCGAACACGAUACAGAGCAGCUACAAGUACUCGGACUCCGGCGUCUACUACGCCCCCGAACACCAGAGGCUGGGAGAAUACCGAGACUACAUCAACGACCUGCCAAUCAUCGACGAGCCGGAGGUGUUCGGGAUGCACAGAAAUGCCAACAUCGCCUUCCAGGUAGAGGAAACCAACAAGUUGGUGGGCACCAUCAUAGACGUGCAGCCAAGAAUGGCAAGCGGAGGCUCCGGGAAAUCUAACGACGACAUCGUCUACGAUCUCGCUGACUCGAUCCUGAAUAAGUUGCUGGAUAAACUCGAUAUUGAGGAGGCCCCUCCUGCCCUAUUUGAGGUAUCUCGUUGCUCUCACUUGAAAUCCAGAAAUAUUAGAACGUGUAGAGAAUUAGAAUAAACUAAUGCUAUGAUAUCGCACAUGAGCUCGGCGGUGUUUCCAUCGUUUCAUCGUUUGCAGGACUCACUGAAAACUCUGCAGAAAGCUAUCAAGGGUUUUGUGGUGAUGAGCGAAGACUUGGAGAUGAUCUACACGGCUUUUCUCAACAACCAGGUUCCCGCGCAGUGGUCGAACGCUGCCUACCCCUCGCUGAAGCCACUGGGAAGCUGGGUCAGCGAUCUCGUGCUCAGACUAACCUUCAUCGAGGAGUGGAUCCGUCUCGGCCCCCCGGUGUCCUACUGGCUCUCGGGGCUCUUCUUCCCUCAGGGGUUCCUUACGGGCACGCUUCAGAACCACGCGCGCAAGUACAACCUGCCCAUCGACCAGCUGAGCUUCGAGUUCCACGUGCUGCCGCGUGUGCGCCGCAUGGCGGACUACUACGCCGCCAGGGGGCAGCUGCAGCCGGGCGAGGUUAUGGCGGAGGACGCAGAGGUGGCGCCGGUGGAGGACGGGGUGCUCGUGCACGGAGUCUACAUGGAUGCGUGUCGCUGGGACAUGGACGGCAUGGUCCUAGAAGAUUCUCUGUUUGGUGAGAUGAACGGAGAGCUGCCCAUGAUGCACAUGGAGCCAAAGAUGCUGUUUUCGCCGAGCGAGAAGGACUACAUUGCACCGCUCUACAAGACCUCCGCGCGAGCCGGAACUCUCUCUACUACCGGUCAUUCCACGAACUUUGUAGUUCCCGUGCAUCUGCCAAGCAAGCGUCCACAAGAUUAUUGGAUAUCAAAAGGUGCUGCCCUCUUGUGUCAGCUGAAUGAAUAAAAUGGAACUAUGGCUAUAGACGGGGCUGUAGAGACAAUCGCGGCAACGAGUUCAUAGUAAAAAGUAACAGUGCCAAAAAUGUAAAUUUUAUCAGCCAACGUGUCUGCUGGAUAUAUAUACAGGCCUACGUAAUGUUUCAUAGCAACAAGAUACUUUUUAUUGGUACAUAUUGUGCAAGCCAACAUCUUAUACAGACUGGUACCAUCCACUUAUUUUAGCUAUAUAAUAUACCCGCUAGUGUACGUGUUACUAUGAAGAGUAAUCUAUAAGAGGCUCAACCAUAUAACUGUAGGUACUGUCACACUAUAGUUCAUAUCAGUAUUUGUCAGUAUUAUUGACCAUAAUUUUACUCAUUGUCCCGAAACUUUUAUAUGUUUAUACAAUAAAGAUAUUUUCAUACAAUGGUUA